AUGGCUGAUCGCAGGCGGAUCAAUGGUCCCGUGGGGACAACGCUCCCUCCGGUUUUUUUCGAUGAACCUACACCGGUCAGGCAAGGCUCAGGGACAAGGUCAAGGCCACCAAACGCCAUUCGGAAAAUAUUUCUCAAAACUGGCAUAACACCUUCUGCUAGCGGUUCUGCUUAUCUAGAGAUUGAGAACCCGGCGGGACCUGGGAAGGAAGGAGAGACCUCUACAUCAGGCCUAAAGCUAUCCUGCACAGUCCAUGGACCCAGGGCGUUGCCGAGGUCAACACCCUUCUCGCCACACAUCAUACUUUCGACUCACGUCAAGUACGCGCCGUUUGCGACCAAACAACGGCGUGGCUACAUACGCGACUCGACAGAACGGGAUCUAUCCGUGCACCUGGAGACUGCCCUGCGCGGAGUCAUAAUUGCCGACCGAUGGCCCAAGAGCGGUGUCGAUGUGAUUGUCUCCGUCAUCGAGGGAGAUCAAGACCGCCGGCAGCCUCUGCAGGAUAGCGGCAGCGGUGAGGAAGCAUGGAGUACCAUGAGCGUCCUGAGCGGCUGCAUCACUGUGGCCUCUGCUGCUCUUGCCGAUGCCGGGAUCGACUGCGUUGACGUGGUGGCCGGCGGUGUUGCUGCACUUGUACGCGAUGAUAGCGAAGGGUCCAAGUCCGGCGAGAGUGGCUCAAUAGUGGUUGAUCCGGUUCCUGCAGAGCAUGACAAGAUAGUUGCCGCCUGUUGCGUUGCAUAUCUACCCAACAGAGACGAGGUCACAAACUUGUGGUUCAAGGGGGAUGCGGCAGCCUCGGAUUCGGCACUGUAUCUGAAUAUAGUCAACAACAGUGUAAGGGCAUCCAAAAUUGCCAACCGAGUCCUCAUGGACAGUCUGAAGGAGACAUUACAGCAACAAGAUUAA